AUGUCCGUUACAAAUAUAAUCAAGGUAGAUGGUGAAGUACAGACCGCUAGUGUCAGCUACGCAUUUUCCAACGGAGGAGAUGUUUUAGGUGGAACAUCUAUCCUAUCGUUGGAUGUAUCACAGAUCAUUAACGUUAGUGCAUCCACGUUUGUUGUGUCUACACCUACAGUAGGGACAGCUCAAGAAAGUGGAAUAGAAAUUUCAGCGGGAACUGCCUCACUACUUCUUCCUUCUUCUCUAAUAACAGAUUCGUCGUCGCCUAUCGCAGCAACAGGAGAAAUAAACCAAAACACAACUACCCAAGAACCUACCGCUACCACUAAUUCGUCUUCCACAGGGCUUUCUGCUACACAAUCAGGAAAUGCAGGCCAUCACUGGAGACCAAGAUUUGCCAUGUCAGCACUACUGUUCGUUUCAAGUCUACUAUUGUAA